AUGUCAAGAAAAUUUGGUGAUGUUGAUGGGCAUGUUUUAAAGGAAUUUCAAAAUAUAAACGUAAAUGAUUCUCGAGUCUUUAACAAAGAAAUUGAACCAUUAUUGAAAGAGAACAUAAAACGGUUUGUGAUUUUCCCUAUUGAAUUUCCUGAUAUUUGGCACAUGUAUAAAAAAGCUGAAGCUUCUUUUUGGACAGUAGAGGAAGUGGAUUUGUCCAAGGAUCUGGAACACUGGGAAAGAUUAAAGCCUUCUGAAAGGCAUUUUAUCUCUCAUGUUUUGGCAUUUUUUGCUGCAUCUGAUGGUAUAGUAAAUGAAAAUUUGGUUGAAAGAUUUAGUCAAGAAGUUCAAGUUUCAGAAGCAAGAUGUUUUUACGGUUUUCAAAUAGCAAUGGAAAAUGUUCACUCUGAAAUGUACAGCUUGUUAAUAGACACUUACAUUAAGAAUCCCACUGAAAAACACUUUCUUUUUAAUGCUAUUGAAACAAUGCCAUGUGUCAAAAAAAAAGCUGAUUGGGCAUUAAAAUGGAUAAGUCAUAAAACGGCUACUUUUGCUGAACGAGUUGUUGCAUUUGCAGCUGUCGAAGGAAUUUUCUUUUCCGGUUCUUUUGCUGCUAUAUUUUGGUUAAAAAAGAGAGGACUGAUGCCUGGUUUGACAUUUAGUAAUGAAUUAAUCUCAAGAGAUGAAGGUUUACACUGUGAUUUUGCUUGUUUAAUGUUUAAGUAUGUUGUUCAAAAACCGACUGAAGACGAGAUUUGCGACAUAAUAAAAGAUGCUGUUGCUAUUGAACAAGAAUUUUUAACAGAAGCACUUCCUGUAAAUUUGAUUGGUAUGAAUUGUUCGUUAAUGAAAAAGUAUAUUGAAUUCGUAGCAGAUCGUCUUUUGGUAGAACUCGGUUGCAAAAAAGUAAGAAUUUAA